AUGACCGACGAGGGGGUGAAAGUUAUCGACCAGCUGACCGACCAGGCCGAUCACCUUCGCGAGAGUACGACACUCGACACAGACGCUCACCUCCUCGAAAUCGAUCUCGCUUACGUGCGGACACAUGGUUGCCAUCCAGUCGAGGCUAUGGACGUCCAAGAAGUCGCUCCCCUCCCAAUUACCGGCGUCGCUCCCGAACCCCUCCCUUCCAAGGCCGAGGCUUCGGGCCUAGUUCGUAUGGAAGGAGGCGUUCUCCCCCUCGGCGAUUCUCUCCACGGAGAGAGGACCGGCCCCGAUCGCCUCUCCCGUCAUGGCGAUCAAAGUCUCCAUACAGUGACGGCCGAUCGCGAGAUGCAUCUCGUGGCCGCAGUAGCCCAAGACGCAUCCGUCUUAAAUGGCGAGAGGAGUGUUCGAGCCCUUUCACCAAGAGCCAAUGCCACCCCCCAAUUUCGCUCGCAAAGCCCCUCCCAUACCUUUCCCCGCCGAGAACUACCCGUGGAUUUGAGCAGGAGCCGUCACUAUUCGCGGUCUAGGCCAGCAUCGCCCGUUCAUGGUACAAGGCCCGAGUCUAGCGCUACAUCACGACGCUCCUCCCCCGUAACAGGCCAAACCCAUGGUGGCCUAGUCUCCCACAAAAGCCGCAGCCGAUCUCCCAUCUGCUCUUCGCCUCCCCAUCGACCCUCCGGGCUCGCAGGGCCCCCUUCUUUCCCGGAUAUCGAUUCGGCGCAAAAUUCAGAAGCUAUUCACCCUGGAAUAGAAUCCACUAGUUCGGAUCGCCUUCAAACCGAAUCGGUAGGGCCCGUUCAAUCUCGAGUUGGCGGCUAUGUUCCAACCCAGCCAAGAAACAUUGGCAUUCGCCAGUCUCCUCCCUCUGGGCCAUCCAACGGGCAUAAAAUAAUACCUUCACAACCUCGAGGCUCGCAUAACAUGAACUUUUUAUCGGCACCAACGCGCCCACGUCGUGGCCCCCCUGGUGCUCGCGAUGGACCUUGGCCCGGUCCUCCACAGGCUCGUCGCGGACCCCCCAUGACCGCAUCACACCCCGCUCCUUCAGGUCCCAGGGCUUCAUUCACACCCCCGAUGCCCGGGGGGAACUUCCGUCACCCAGGAUCUCGGCAGAACAGCACUGCCGUCGUGACAUCCUCUAUAGCUGUGCCCAAACCUCCAAAUCAUUUAGUGGGACUGUAUACUUUGAUACCAGGUGGGAGAACUAUGCCAUCGACAUUAGAUGCAGCAACAGAAAAGCGUCUAAUCCAACUUGAGUCUGAUCGAGAGAAACUCCUCGACCAGAUGGCCGAGUCCCAAAAACUAAAGCGAGCAGGUCUCCGUGACUGGGAUCGGUUGGAUCAUGAAAGCUCCAUUUGUGCGCUUAAAAGUGACUUGGCUGAGGGUCAUUUACAACGCAUGGCCGACGAGACGAUUGGAGGUGGAAUCCCAUUCUGA